AUGGAUAAGGAGCCCUGGUGGUACAACAGAACCAGGGAUGCGGAGGGGGGCGGAGAGGAGAUAGUGAGGCGGGAGAGAGAGACAGAGAGGCUGAGAGCAGGAGUCCGGGCGGUGGAGAGACCCAGGGAGGAGAAAGUUAGAGAGCGCAGGUUGGAACCAAGUAAGAGUGAGACGGUCCGGAAGGGGAGGGGCUGGAAGGAGCGGCGCCCUCCCCACCCGCCCGCCCCCGGAGCAGGGCAGAAAGGGAGUCAGGCGACGGGGCGGGCCCGCUGGGGACGUCCCCUCCCCGGAAAGUCCUGGGGUACAGGCGUUAUAAAUAGCCGCGCGCGGGGCCCCGGCCUCAGCCGCCAGCCGCUGGCCAUGCGCGACCUCACCGAAGCCACCCCCGAUCUCGAGGCCCAGCUGCCCGCGCCCCGCGUCAGCGCCUGCCGCUGGGUCGACUGGGCGCUGGGCGCCGCACUACUGCUGCUGGCCGCCGCCUGUGCGGCCUGCGUCGCGCGCUCCUGGGCCGUGCCAGCCGCGACCAGCCCUGCGCCCAGCCCGAGCCCCCGCGCCGGCCCGGAAUCCCCGCUCGGCGUCCGCGUCCGCCGCCCCGACGGCCGGCAGGAUGGCUUCGCCCAGCUGGUGGCCAGCAAUGCACUGCUGACCAAUGAGACCCUGAGCUGGCACAGCGACACUGGCCUGGCAGGCGUGUACCUGGCGCCGGGCCUGAGCUACGACGCGCUCAAGCGGGAGCUGGUGGUGGCCGAGGGCGGCAUCUAUUAUGUCUUCCUGCUCCUGGAGCUGCAGCGUGUGGUAGCCGGCGAGGGCUCUGGCUGGGUCUCCAUGGCCCUGCACCUGCAGCCAGACCGGGCAGCCCUGACCCUGACCGUGGCCCUGCCGACAGCAUCCUCAGCUGGAGGCUCCCGGGGGCGCCUGCUGCGCCUGGACGUCGGGCAGCGCCUGGCGGUCCACAUGCGCGCCUCGGCCACAGCGCACGCCACCUGGCAGCUGGCCCCCCGAGCCACGGUCCUGGGCCUCUUCCGCGUGGCCCCCGAAGUCCCCGCCGGACUGGGACAGCCUUCUCCACCGCCCGCAUGACGCCUGGGUGCCACCCACAUGCCCCGAGACUGAAUCCUGCCUUCCUUGGGUCAGGCCCCUGGUUCGGGCCGUCUGCUCUACCUCACGGGGCUGGGCAGGAGUCCCUGCUGCUGAGUUCUCUUCGAAGAAGACGCCCAGGGAAUUACGACUCUGGUCUCUCUGCCCACUGCUGCCCCCAAGUUGAACUCUAUUUAUUCUGGGCCCGGUCUCAGACGGUGCACUUUAUAUUAAUCCAUUCAAUUUCUAUUUAUUGAGCACGUGCUGUGUGCCGGGUAUGGUGUGUGUGCUGGAGAUACAUCAGCAACCAAACAAACCUAUUUAUGUUAUUAUGGAAAAAAUAAAGAUACAGCCCAAGCCCUCCAUGUAAUCCAUGGAGCUAGCUUUUGGGAUAACACGUUAGCGUGUGCCCUGUUGGCCUCAUUCAUUCAUCCAACUAGUAAUUAUUGAGCAUCUCUGACUGGGCCAUUGAAGACAAUGUGAGAUUGCAUGGUACUGGAUAAUACAAUAUUAAUUAACUUAAUGACUACUGUUUAUUGAACAUUUACUAUAUGUCAGACAGUGUUCCAUGUGCUUUAUCUGAGUUAUUUGAGACUUAUAAUUAUAUGAAACUAUGAGGUUUUAUUUUUCCCAUUUUACUACUACCUGUGUUUUUGAGGUUAUUUGUUGGUGUUAGUUGCCAUUGAAUCCAUUCCAGUGUCCUGCGUCACUUCCCACCACCCCCAUCCUGUUCACUAUCUCACUAUACAACAGAAUGAAAGG